UAUUUACAUAUCUUUAAGUUGAUGCAACUGAGGUGACUAAUGUUUUCUGUCCCCACAGCAUUAUAUUUUAUAAUCCUGCUGUGCUAUGCCUUUCUCCACUGUUGGCUUAAUGCCUUUGCUGAAAUGAUGCACUUUGCUGACCGUACCUUCUACAAGGACUGGUGGAAUGCCACAUCUUUCUCUGCAUUCAUUCGGAACUGGAAUGUAGUAGUACAUGAUUGGCUGUACUAUUAUAUCUAUCAGGACCUUCUGUGGGUAUUCAAAUCAAAGGCCCGGCCUGUGGCUGUGUUGUCCACCUUCAUUGUUUCAGGUGCUUUUCAUGAAUAUAUCUUCAUGAUGAGUCUUGGCUUCUUCAACCCACUUCUGUCCAUAUUCUGGUUUAUUUCCGUCGCAGCAGGUCAGUACUACCUUAAACGACCCAUGAGAGCAGAA